AUGGCAACAACAGGGCGAUUUUACGUUGGGCCGGCGGUAUCGUUUAAGGAAAAAAGUCGGCAGCUGGUUAAGUGCGAUAAGAGGAAUAUCGCCGUGUAUCGCUACAAGGAUCGGUUUUACGCGCUAGACAACGCCUGCUAUCAUCAUGGCGGGCCGCUGCUAGAAGGCGAUAUUGAGGAAAUGGGGAGUCAUCCGUGCGUUGUGUGCCCGUGGCAUGAGUACCGCAUCACUCUUGACACCGGUGAGGGUCUUUACUGGGCCCUGCAGAUGACGCCGGAGGGAGUUCCGGACAAGAAGGCACCACAGAAGGUAUGCUCCAAGGGAAUGAAACAACGCACCCACAUCGUCACCGUAGAGGACGGUGAGGUGUUUGUGACGUUAAAUAAUUCCGGGCCGCGUCUUGCAAGUGAUAAUUACGCGGAAAUGGUCAUUGCUAACAUGCAGGGAGCGAUGAUUUCUCCUUUGGAGGAUAGUAGAAGAACCCACCGUAGUAUGAAUGGUCUUGGUGCAGGGAUUCAUAGUGGCGUUCGUAGCGGGCAUGUGUUUGCUGGGAUGGUAACGGGGAAUAGACUGCAACGAUUCAGUUAUUUGAAUCACCCGAUUCUGACGUGUGUAGCAGUCGAGCCUGUGUGUGACGAUACACAAGAGUACUACUUUCGGCUAUCUGAGGGAGAGCUUGACACCUCCUCAUUGGUACCAGGGCAGUUUGUUGACUUGAAGCUGCCCAUUGCGGCCCCUCCCGGGAGGCAUUUUGUGCGACGGUGGACCAUGGUUGAACUGAAUAAGGAGGGAUGUGAUUUUACUCUCAUCAUCAAGACUGCAGAACACUCCAACGGUGGAACGGCGUGGAUGUCAAACAACGCGUUACGUCAGCGAUUUUCAUUACUUCACUAUGGUGGGAGCUUCACCUUGACGCAUCACAUGAGCCGUCUGCGUGAGGUGGGGGGACGUGUUGUGAUGCUUUCUGCUGGGAUCGCUAUGACGGCGCCUUACUCCUCGCUUCGUCAAGAAUUUGAGGGCAAACGCAUGCAGGGGAUACCAAAACUUCGUAUCAUUCACCUCCAUGUUGAAAGACGGGUCUCCUGCGUUGCAAAAUUAGAGGAUUUUGUACGGUGGCACCAUUCCAAAACAGAGCACCUCGAAUACCAGUUCCAUUGCUACCUCACGAAGCAGCAGGAGCUCUCAGCGAAUGCAGCCGGAGAUGAGUCAUUGUGGUCGCUCUUUACAUGCGGUCGGCGACCCGCUGAGAAGGACAUUCAGAGUUUUGUGGGGGAUUUCUUGGGUCCGUCAUCUUCUGUUCUCGCUAUGGUUUGCGGCCCUCCUCCGUUUGUCCGCAUGGCUAAAGAGGUUUUGUUGGCCUGUGGUGUACUGCCCUCGGAUGUGUUGACGGAUGAAGAUGAUGAUUACAACUCCCUGUAG